AUGUUUGCGUGGUUGACGGGUACUGGCACCACCCCUCCCGCCUUCCUCGAGAUUCGAAGUUCCAAAUUUCUGAUCAUCAGUACCGUCGCCGCUGCGGUGUUUACUGAUGUCUUCCUGUACGGUAUCAUCGUGCCUGUACUGCCAUUUGCUCUGAGUGGCCGUGCUGGCAUCCCGGAGGAUAAUGUUCAGUCCAUGAUAUCGGUGCUCUUGGCAGUUUAUGGCGGCGCUUUACUCAUCGGAGCACCCAUAUGUGGGUGGGUAGCUGAUCGGUUCGACUCGCGUCGGUGGAGUUUUAUGGUUGGCCUGCUGGCGUUGGCUGGGUCGACAAUAUUCUUGGUUGUUGGAAACAGUCUUGCUCUCAUCGUUGUUGGCCGUAUCCUUCAAGGUCUCUCGGCAGCGGUUGUUUGGGUUGUUGGCCUGGCAUUGCUGCAAGACACUGUCGGCUCUGAGUCGAUCGGGGAAGCAAUGGGGUUCGUUGGCAUUGCGAUGUCUCUGGCCUAUCUACUAGGACCCCUUUUGGGAGGAGUCGUCUUCACAGAAGCCGGAUAUUAUGCCGUCUUCGCAAUGGCUUUCGCACUCUUGGGCAUCGAUGCAAUUCUCCGGCUGUUGAUGAUAGAAAGAUCAGUUGCUGCAAAAUGGAGGAAAGAAGCACCUCAAGUAAUCACUAAUACCGAACACAAAGGCGACACAAACGAUCACAAAGCUGACCCGGGGUAUCACGCACCCGAAAUCGAGACGCCUGCCGUGACACACGAACGACGCAAGGUCCCUAGAGUCUUCUCACUACUCGCGUCGUACAGACUUGAUGCCGCUUUGUUCGGUUGCUUCAUCUCCGCCGCGCUACUUACUUCCUUCGACUCGAUCUUGCCCUUGUACGUCAACGAACUCUGGGGCUGGGAUUCUAUUGGUGCUGGAUUGAUUUUCUUGGCUGUCACGAUUCCAUCUUUUACUGGACCUUUUGUUGGAAAGUAUGCAGACAAGCAUGGAGUUAGAUGGCUAGCGACGACUGGCUUCAUCAUUACUGGUCCGUGUUUCAUUCUGAUGCGUCUUGUCAACCACGAAGGCAUUCGUCAGAAGGUUCUUCUCUGUGCACUUCUCGCUUUGAUCGGUCUUGGAGUCACUCUUUCCCUUACACCAUUGAUGGCAGAAGUCUCGUACGCAGUCGAUGCACAAGGAGCCAAACGACCAGCCGGCUUCUUCGGCAAGAACGGUGCUUUUGCUCAGGCGUAUGGAUUGUUCAAUAUGGCCUAUGCAGGUGGCACUAUGAUCGGACCUCUACUUGCGGGACUGGUCAAGCAAAGAGCCGGAUGGGGUACUGCAACACUAGUACUCGGGUGCGUCUCGUUUGUCUGCGUCAUCCCGACGGUCAUCUGGUGUGGGGGAUCUAUUUUCAAGUUGAGGAAGAGACAGAAGGCAGGCAAGGUAGCGAAGACGGAAGGGCCCAGGAAGACAAGUCCGAUUUCGAGUACGAGCGCGAGCAGCGAGGUCAAUGUUUGA